UCUAUCAUGCAUGAGGCCAUCACUGGCUAAUGCAGGCAUGGAAAAAGAAUAUAAAUGCCCUUUCUGCCUUUGUAUUGAGACUGGAGCUAUUUUUAAGAAUGGCAGACAUCCUUUGAUAUCUAGGGAAACACGCCUUGAACUAAAGAUGUUCAACGAACUUCUGUGUGAUGCCAUGGAUUUUUAUGCAGGGAUUACAGAAACAUAUAUAGUACAAGAUAUUGUAGAUCAAGCUUUGGCAUGCAAGUCCCACUUAACUGACAUAGUGAAUCGUGUACUUGCAUAUGUCAACAAAGAUCUUAGUUUCAUGUCUAAAAAUCUUUUGAUUGUUUUGAAGGUAGUAUUUAUUUUCUGCCAACCUUUGUUUCUAUUACUUCAAUUUUGCCUCAGUUAGAUUUUGUCCCUAAUUAUUUUAAGAUAUUAGGCUACAUACAAUCCAAGGGAGUUUUUCACAGUAACAAGUUUUGGGAUCAUGCACCUUUUUUUUUCAUGCACUCGC